UCCCCAUUAAUUCCCAAGAGCCCACCCAUAUGAGUGCAUGCAUAGAAUAAAUAAUAUUGGGGUAAUAUAUAUAUCUUCUAUCUACCAGAGGUCUCUAUCCAGAGAAUCAUGGCAGAGGAAAAGUGGGAAGGUAAAGCGGUGGCGGAGCUAGCAGGAACGGGCGCAGAAGAAGCAUGGUCGGCGUUAGAGGAUUUCUGCAACCUCCAAAAGUGGUUCCCCAUCGACACAUCUUACCGGCUAGAGGGGGUUCCCGGUCAACCUGGCCUCACCCGCUACUGUGCCUCCAACGUCAAAGGAACCAUCAUGUGGGCCAAAGAGAAGCUUCUCUCCAUCGACCCCCUCCAACGUUGUUUGUCCUAUGAAAUCGUUGACAACAACCUUGGAUUCAAGUCCUAUGUUGCUACCCUUCAGGUGCUGCCCAUCCAUGAGGGUGGAUGCAAGAUCGAGUGGGGCUUCGUGAGUGAUCCUGUUGAAGGCUGGAGCUUCCAAGAUUUGAAGGGAUAUGUUGAAUCCACUAUUCAGUUCAUGGCCAACAAGAUUCAGCUUGCUUCUUCUUCUCUUGCUGCUGCUUAAUUAGCUCAUUCUAGGAUUUUAGAUCGAAUAAAUUUGUCUUCUGCUGCAUAUUAAUUGUUAUGUCUCGCUCUCGAUCUGCUCCUACAUCCAAUAAAAUCUUGCCAUGUCAUUUUAAUUAUUUAUUUAUAUUUUCA